AUGAAGUUCUUCAACUCUUUCGCCCUGCUGGCAGGAGCCGUCCUCUGCGGCGCCGUCUCCGGCAACGCUCUCGACACCGACAAGACCUUCACCACCAUCACCAAGGCAGCUUCCGACAGCACCUCGUCCGCGGCCGCCGUCUUCGGUAUCGUCGUAACCGUCUCCGAGUUUUCGCCUCCGGCUCCCACCCUAGCCCAUGACGGCGACUCUCCGGUCGACGAGCCACCCGACGAGGAGGACGUGAAGGAAGACACAAACUACCAUGUAUGCGAGACGACGAGCGGCAGUCCGCUAUCGAAGGACGUGCAGGUCGCGGCCAACAGGCUCAAGGUUGAGGGCGACAACGAGUGCCGGCAGGACAACCCUGGCGGAUCCAUGUGCCAUACCAAGAGGAAGUACCAGUCGGCCAGCAUCGCGGUGUGCGGCGACUUUUGGUGGGGCAUCCAGUGUGAGUGGGUGGCGGGCGCGGCUGAACAACUGAUCCAGAAAUGCACCAAGCGCAUCGACGGCCAGAGCAGGGUCGGCGGUUACUUUGUCUUCGAUAAACACUUGAAGGCCGUUCUGGUUCACAAUUGA